GAUGGCUUCGUGCAGAAUGUCCACAUCCCCAAAGUGCGGGUGGACCCUGACGGGCGCUGCGCGGUGAUGCUGAUCUACGGGACGCGGCUGGUGGUGCUGCCCUUCCGCAGAGACACGCUGACGGAUGAGCACGAAGGGGUCAUGGGGGUCCAAGAGGCGGUGAAGAUCACUCUGGACUGUGCCCAGGCGACCUUUAUCUCCUAUGACAAGAUGGUGAUAUCGCUGAAAGGAGGGGAGAUCUAUGUGCUGACCCUCAUCACCGAUGGCAUGCGAAGCGUCCGGUCCUUCCAUUUCGACAAGGCAGCCGCCAGCGUCCUCACCUCUUGCAUGGUCACCAUGGAGCCCGGCUACCUCUUCCUGGGAUCGCGCCUCGGCAACUCCCUCCUCCUGAAAUACACCGAGAAGCUCCAGGAGGCCCCCAUGAGCCUCGCCAAGGACUGCCCGGAGAAGCCAGAAGAGCCUCCGGUCAAGAAGAAACGGCUGGAGCAGCCAGUGAACUGGGCUGGGGGGAAGUCGGCCCCGCAGGACGAGGUGGACGAGAUCGAGGUGUACGGCAGCGAAGCCCAGUCCGGGACUCAACUUGCCACCUACUCGUUUGAGGUGUGUGAUAGCAUCCUGAACAUUGGUCCUUGUGCCAAUGCCGCCAUGGGUGAGCCCGCUUUCCUCUCCGAGGAGUUCCAGAAUAGCCCAGAGCCUGACCUGGAGAUUGUGGUGUGCUCUGGCUACGGCAAGAAUGGCGCCCUCUCGGUUCUGCAGAAAAGCAUCCGCCCUCAAGUGGUGACGACCUUCGAGCUCCCAGGCUGUUACGACAUGUGGACGGUGAUCUCGCCCCAGAAGAAAGAAGAGGCGACCGAGGAAGAGGCUAAAGAGGAAAAUGCGGAGAAAGAACCAGCCCUGCCGGAGCCUGAGGAUGACGGGAAGCGGCAUGGCUUCCUCAUUCUCAGCCGCGAGGACUCCACGAUGAUUCUACAGACUGGCCAGGAGAUCAUGGAGCUGGAUACGAGCGGCUUUGCCACGCAGGGGCCCACCGUGUAUGCCGGCAACAUUGGCGAGAACCGCUACAUCGUCCAGGUGUCUCCCUUGGGCAUCCGCCUGCUGGAAGGCGUGAACCAGCUGCACUUCAUCCCCGUGGAUCUCGGCUCGCCGAUUGUGCACUGCGCUGUGGCCGACCCCUAUGUGGUCAUCAUGAGCUCCGAGGGGCAGGUGACGAUGUUUGUGCUGAAGAGCGACACCUACGGGGGCCGGACGCACCGCCUCACCUUGCAGAAGCCGCAGCUGCACCACCAAUCGAAGGUGAUUGCGCUCUGUGUGUAUCGGGACGUCAGCGGCAUGUUCAGCACCGAGAGCCACUCGUCCAGCUCGCGGGAUGAGCUUUCCUUGAGGAGCCAGUCGGAGUCCGAGACACCCAUCCAAGACAUCAGCAACACGGUGGACGACGAGGAAGAGAUGCUCUACGGGGACUCCAGCUCGCUGUUCAGCCCCGCCAAGGAGGAGCCCCGCCGCUGCAGCCUGCCGUCGGCCGAUAGGGACCCCCACCAGUACAAGGUGGAACCCACACACUGGUGCGUGCUGGUGCGGGAGAACGGCGCCAUGGAGAUCUACCAGCUGCCCGACUGGCGCCUGGUCUUCCUCGUGAAGAACUUCCCCAUGGGGCAGCGGGUGCUGGUGGACAGCUCCUUCGGGCAACCGGCCACCCAGGGCGAGGCCAAGAAGGAAGAGGUGGUGCGCCAGACCGAGAUGCCGCUGGUGAAGGAAGUGCUGCUGGUGGCCCUGGGGAACCGGCAGAGCCGCCCGUACUUGCUGGUUCACGUAGAUCAGGAGCUGCUCAUCUACGAAGCCUUUAACCACGACUCGCAGCUGGCCCAGACCAACCUGAAAGUGCGCUUCAAGAAGGUCCCCCACAACAUCAACUUCCGAGAGAAGAAGCCCAGGCUGUCCAAAAAGAAGACGGAGAGCUCUGGCGGGGAGGAGUCAGGGGCCGGCCGGGGACGGGUGGCCCGCUUCCGCUUCUUCGAGGAUAUCUACGGCUACUCCGGGGUGUUUAUCUGUGGCCCCUCUCCCCACUGGCUGCUGGUGACCUCUCGGGGGGCCCUGCGCCUGCACCCCAUGACCAUCGAUGGCCCCAUUGAGUCCUUUGCCCCUUUUCACAACGUCAACUGCCCCAAGGGCUUCCUCUACUUCAACCGGCAGGGGGAGUUGCGCAUCAGUGUCCUGCCUGCCUACCUGUCCUAUGAUGCGCCGUGGCCCGUCCGGAAGAUUCCCCUGCGCUGCACUGUGCACUACGUGGCCUACCAUGUCGAGUCCAAGGUCUACGCCGUGGCCACCAGCAUCAACAACUCUUGCAGUAGGAUCCCUCGCAUGACAGGAGAGGAGAAGGAAUUCGAGACCAUCGAGCGAGAUGACCGCUACAUCCACCCUCUGCAGGAGGCCUUUUCCAUUCAGCUGAUCUCUCCGGUGAGCUGGGAGACCAUCCCCAAUACCAGGAUUGACCUGGAGGAGUGGGAGCACGUGACCUGCAUGAAGACAGUGGCCCUAAAGAGCGAGGAGACGGUGUCGGGACUGAAGGGCUACAUUGCCGUGGGCACCUGCCUCAUGCAGGGGGAGGAGGUCACCUGCCGGGGCCGGAUCUUGAUCAUGGACAUCAUCGAAGUGGUUCCGGAGCCUGGGCAGCCGCUCACCAAGAACAAGUUCAAGGUCUUGUAUGAGAAGGAGCAGAAGGGCCCCGUCACGGCCCUCUGCCACUGCAACGGAUACCUGGUCUCCGCCAUCGGCCAGAAGAUCUUCCUGUGGAGCCUGAAGGACAACGACCUGACGGGCAUGGCCUUCAUCGACACCCAGCUCUACAUCCACCAGAUGAUCAGCGUCAAGAACUUCAUCCUGGCCGCUGACGUGAUGAAGAGCAUCUCGCUGCUGCGCUACCAGGAGGAGAGCAAGACCCUGUCGCUCGUCAGCCGGGACGCCAAGCCCCUGGAGGUUUACAGCGUGGACUUCAUGGUGGACAACGCCCAGCUGGGAUUCCUGGUGUCUGACAGGGACAGGAACCUCCUCGUCUACAUGUACCUGCCCGAAGCGAAAGAAAGCUUUGGCGGCAUGCGGCUCCUCCGCAGAGCCGACUUCCACGUGGGCGCCCACGUCAAUGCCUUCUGGCGGACGCCGUGCCGCGGAGCCAUGGAGGGCCCCACCAAGAAGUCCAUCGCCUGGGAGAACAAGCACAUCACCUGGUUUGCCACCCUCGAUGGGGGGAUUGGGCUGCUGCUGCCCAUGCAAGAGAAGACCUACCGGCGCCUGCUGAUGCUGCAGAACGCCCUGACCACGAUGCUGCCGCAUCACGCCGGACUCAACCCUCGUGCCUUCAGGAUGCUGCACAUGGACCGGCGCAUCUUGCAGAACGCCGUGCGCAACGUCUUGGACGGGGAGCUGCUCAACCGCUACCUCUACCUCAGCACCAUGGAGCGCAGCGAGCUGGCCAAGAAGAUCGGCACCACACCCGACAUCAUCCUGGAAGACUUGCUGGAGAUCGAUCGCGUCACGGCUCAUUUCUAGGGGGGAAGGGGGUUCAUCUCACACACCCCAACCCCGGAGUUGUAAAUUCUUUCCAGUUCAGAUUUAUUUGUCCUUUACGUCUAUGUCUUUUGAGGGUGUGUUUUUUUGUACA